GUGCCGCGGCCGCCAUGGCGGCGCCGCCGGAGUCGCUGCUGCGGUACUGCCCGCCCGUGGUGGUGUCCCACCGAGACGACAGGCCCUCCGCGGCGGGUCAGGCUCCGCGCACCCCCGCCGGCUUCGCCACGCAGCAGCCGCAGGAGCUCCUGAACCUCAUCCUGCCGCCGCGGGAGUGGGAGGAGGCGCAGAAGCUCUGGGUGCAGGAGGUGAGCACCGCGCCCAGCACCCGCCGCGACGUCGUGCAGCUGCAGGAGCAGCUGGACCGGCAGCUGCAGCAGCGGCAGGCGCGGGAGACCGGGCUGUGCCCCGUGCGCAGGGAGCUCUACACGCAGUGCUUCGACGAGCUGAUCCGGCAGACCACGGUGAGCUGUGCCGAGCGGGGGCUGCUGCUGCUGCGCGUGCGGGACGAGCUGCAGCUGACGCUGUCGGCGUACCAGGCGCUCUACGAGAGCAGCGUGGCCUUCGGCGUGCGCAAGGCGCUGCAGGCCGAGCAGGGCAAGGCCCACCUGGAGAAAAGGGAUGGCAGCAAAGACCAUCAAAAUACUCAGCUCACUCUCCUCGGGCUUAGCUGCUCUUCUGAAGCUUGUUGUACAGCUUUAAAGACUGCACCACACUCCACUCUCUCCUGAUGCCUUAAAUUUUUUCUCUUGUAUUUUUCAGAUUCUGCACUGCAUUAGUAAAUAACUCUGAACUUCAUAUAGAGUGUUAGCAAGUUCUCUUUACAGUUUAGUUAGACAAAACAAUCUUUUUUCCUUUCCUGAGAACACCAUUAUAGCUUCAGGCUCAAAAAGUAUGAGCAGUAAAUUGAGGAGAGCAAACUGGGAGGAUGGGACUUCAUAACCUGAAGCUGUAAUUCAGCAAUUAACUCCAAUAUGUAAAUGGGCCAAUACUUAUAAAACUGUGAAAACUCUUGACCCAUGGUGCAUUUUGGGUGUAGCCACAACCAGGCUCAUGCACUGCCAAAGGUGUAUCCUUUGAAAGCUUUUUAAUAUAACUUCCUUCAUUCCUUUAACUCUGGCUAGCCUCUGUUCUAGGUAGCCUCUCAAGGCAUCAGUCCCAUCUGAACUAAAAAUUGACUAUUUUCCAACAAAACCUGAGACAUCUGUACUCUUUCCCAAGAUUGCAGAGCUGGAAGAGGAGAAGGAGGAGCUGGAAAAACAAGUGAGCGAAGAGAAAGCGAAAUGUGAGGCCAUUGAAAGGCAAGAAACAGAACGGAGAGAAAUAGAAGAGAAGAAACACAGUGAGGAGGUUCUGUUCC